AUGAUGGUUCCUAUAAAUGCAAGUGUGGAAAUGAAACGAAAAUUUCCGAAAUCUAUUCCAUUCAUUCUCGUUCUAUGUUUGUUGGAACGAGUCAGUUCGAUUGGAAGUAAUUCAAUCCUCCUCUUGUAUCUUCAUCACAAACUAGAAUUUGAUCAAUCAACAUCGACAGCCUUAUAUCAUACAAAUGAGUUCCUGACUUUCUUCUUCCCUAUCAUUGGUGCUGUCAUAGCUGAAAGCUAUUUAGGAAUUUUCAAAACACUUUUGGCUAGUUCAUUACUAUUUUGUAUAGGAACAGGGAUCGUUGCUAUUGGUGCAAUUGAGUUGUUGCAUCUUCCUGCAGUACCACUUACAUUUCUUGGUUUAUUUAUGGCUGUGUUUGGAAUUGGAUGUCUUCGUGGAAACAUCACAGCAUUUGGAGGCAAUCAGUAUAAAUUACCAGAAGAAUCGCAAAUCUUUCAACUUUUCUUCUCGCUUCAAAUUAUGUUUGUGAAAGGUGGAGCAUUGAUGAGUCGAAUUUUUAGUCCAGUUGUAAGGCAAGACAUAAAAUGCUUUGGAGCAAACGAUUGCUAUCCAUUAGCAUUUGGAUUGACUUUAGUUACGAUGUUUUUGGCAUUUUUGAUAACUUUAGCAGGAAAGCCAUUUUAUGUUCAUCGUCCAGUCAGCGAAAAUAUUUUUAUGGAAGUUUGUGGCUGUGCCUUUUAUAGUCUGAAGAAAAAGAUGUCAAGAGGAAAUGAGGAAAAGAAGAGUCAUUGGCUUGAAUAUGCUGAAGACAAAUAUGAGCCACAAUUGAUUGAAGACACAAAGAAAGUUUUUAAGAUUCUGAAAGUUUUUAUUCCAGUUCCGAUUUUCUGGUCAGUUUAUAUGCAGCAGAGUUCAAGGUGGAUCUUUCAAGCUACAAGAACAGAUGGUGAUCUUGGAUUCUAUACAAUCAAACCAGACCAAAUGAUAGCGUUGAAUCCUAUAUCAUCAAUUACUUUAAUUCCAGUCUGUAAUUAUGUCUUCUAUCCAUUACUGUCCAAAAUUAAUCUUGGCGGUUUGCUUGCAAGGAUAACGAUUGGUGGGUACAUAUGUUUCACUGCAUUUUGCAUUUCCACUGUUGUCGAAGGAAUAAUUCAAGAGCACCGGAUCUCAAUGCUAUGGUUGGCACCUCAAUGGAUACUUGUAGCUUUAAGUGAAAAUUUCUUUAUGGUGUCAGUCAUGAAUUUUGCUUACACCGAGGGACCUGCUCGUAUGAAAUCAGUCAUGACAGCUUGUGUCUACACAACAAUCGCAAUCGGUAACAUUUUUGUGACACUAAUUAGCGGUUCAAAGAUCUUUUCAAAUCAAGUUCAUGAAUUCAUUUUUUUCCUUACUAUUUUAUUUUUUGCAAUGAUUUUAUUUGCAAUUUUGGCGAUGAAUUUUAGAAAGUCGCAAAGUAAGGAACGAGAUGAUGUUGAGAAUUAG